GUUUUCCUCACCCAUCAAGUGUUGUAUCAUAACUCAUUCCACAUUUACAAAAACUACUACACUAUGAUGAGAGCUAGGGUUUCACUGUUGCUGGGAAUUCUUUUCCUGGCAUCACUUUCUGUCUCUUUCGGCAUUUCACACCACCGAGAGCACCAAGAGACUCAAGAAGAGUCACAAAAUAACCCCUUCUACUUCAACUCCGAAACCUCGUACCACACUUUAUUCAAAAACCAAUACGGUCACCUUCGUGUCCUCCACAGGUUCGACCAGAGCUCCAAACAACUUCAGAAUCUUGAAAACUACCGUGUUGUAGAGUUCAAGUCCAAACCCAACACCCUCCUCCUUCCUCACCAUGCUGAUGCCGAUUUCCUCCUAGUUGUCCUUAAUGGGAGAGCCAUUCUCACCUUGCUGAACCCUGACGGCAGAGACUCCUACAUUCUUGAGCAAGGCCAUGCCCAGAAAAUCCCUGCAGGAACCACUUUCUUUUUGGUUAACCCUCACGACAACGAGAAUCUCAGAAUAAUCAAACUCGCCAUACCCGUUAACAACCCUCACAGAUUCCAAGACUUUUUCCUAUCUAGCACAGAAGCCCAACAAUCGUACUUGCAAGGAUUCAGCAAGGAUAUUCUAGAGGCCUCCUUCGAUAGCGAGUUCAAGGAGAUAAACAGGGUUCUGUUUGGAGAGGAGGGAGAGCAGCAGCAGCAGCAAGAGGGAGUGAUUGUUGAACUUAAAAAGGAACAGAUUCGGGAACUGAUGAAACAUGCUAAAUCUAGUUCAAAGAAAACCCUUUCCUCCCAAAAUGAACCAUUCAACCUGAGAAACCAAAAACCCGUCUAUUCCAACAGAUUUGGAAGGUUGCACGAGAUCACCCCCGAGAAAAACCCCCAGCUUAAGGACUUGGAUGUGUUCCUCAGUUCUGUGGAUAUCAAAGAGGGAGGUCUUCUUAUGCCAAACUACAAUACAAAGGCCAUAGUGAUACUAGUGGUUAAUAAAGGAGAAGCAAACAUUGAAGUUGUUGGCCUAAGAGAACAGCAACAGCAGCAACAUCAUCAGCAAGAGGAAAGUUGGGAAGUUCAGAGGUAUAGAGCUGAGUUGUCCGAAAACGAUGUAUUUGUCAUCCCAGCAGCUUAUCCAGUCGCCAUCAACGCUACCUCUAAUAUGAAUUUCAUUGCUUUCGGUAUCAAUGCUGAGAACAACCAGAGGAACUUCCUUGCAGGUGAGAAAGACAAUGUGAUAAGCGAAAUACCUAGGGAAGUGUUGGAGGUUGCUUUCCCUGGACCAGGAGAGAAGGUUGUGAAGGUGAUAAAGAAUCAGAAGGAAUCUUACUUUGUGGAUGCUCAGCCUGAACAAAAGGAGGAACAGAGUAAGGGAAGAAAGGGUCCGUUGUCUUCAAUUUUGGACACUCUCUACUGAAUAAGUAUGAUGAAGUAAGAUGUAAUGCAGUGAGAGUGAGAGGUGAUGGUGAGUGUGGAAUUUACGUGUCGGCCAUGUAAGAAUAAGUAGAGUUUCAUGUAGUUUUUUUCACUGCGAAUAAUAAUGAAUAAAUCGAGCACAUAUAUAAUGCUUGGGUUUUGUUAUUU